GAAUGUGAGUCAGAUUCCCGCGAGCGAUUUGGAUUAGAUGAUGGCGGAGCGGCUCUCUUCUUCGGUGGCGUCGUCUUCCUGUUGCUGUCUCCUCCCUACCUCCAAGCGGGCGGCGAUGCCGUCCUCCGCAACCCUUCCUCCGCUCCCCCACCGCUUCUCCUCGUCCUCCUCCCGCCCAUCUCACCGCCUUGCUUCUUACUUGCUCACUUCUUCUUCAUCUUCCCUCCGCCUUCUCCGGAGGCCUGGGAUCCACCCUCGCAGGACCAUGUUGGUCUUGUGCGCGUCUUCGGAUCCAGCGCAGCUGAGAAGCGCUAGGGAGGACAUCAAAGAGCUUCUCAAGACCACCUUCUGCCAUCCGAUUCUGGUUCGCCUGGGAUGGCAUGAUGCCGGUACAUAUGACAAGAAUGUUGUGGAAUGGCCAAAAUGUGGGGGAGCUAAUGGAAGCUUGCGUUUUGAAAUAGAAUUAAAUCAUGCAGCCAAUGCCGGUCUUGUAAAUGCUCUAAAGCUUAUUCAGCCUAUUAAGGAUAAGUAUUCGAGCGUUACAUAUGCAGAUUUGUUCCAGUUAGCAAGUGCCACAGCUAUUGAGGAGGCUGGUGGUCCCCAAAUUCCUAUGAGGUAUGGGAGGGUGGAUGUUUCUGGGCCGGAACAGUGCCCUGAUGAGGGGAGACUUCCUGAUGCUGGCCCAUCUUCACCAGCUGAUCAUCUACGGGAUGUUUUCUAUAGAAUGGGCCUUGAUGACAAGGAGAUUGUGGCAUUAUCUGGUGCACAUACACUUGGACGGGCGAGACCAGAACGUAGUGGAUGGGGAAAACCAGAAACUAGGUAUACGAAAGAUGGACCUGGUGCACCUGGUGGACAAUCAUGGACAGUACAAUGGUUAAAGUUCGACAAUAGUUAUUUCAAAGAUAUCAUGGAACGGAAAGAUGAAGAGCUACUAGUUCUGCCCACAGAUGCUGUUUUACUUGAAGAUCCAUCUUUUAAGAUCUAUGCCACAAAAUACACAAUGGACCAGGAUGCAUUUUUCAAAGAUUACGCUGAGGCUCAUGGUAAACUCAGCAACUUAGGUGCCAAAUUUGAUCCUCCGGAGGGGAUUUCAAUAGAAUAUGACUCGAAGACUGUAGCAGCAGAGCCAUUUGUUGCAGCAAAGUACUCCUAUGGUGAAAGAAAGAAAGAACUAUCCGAUGCUAUGAAGCAGAAGAUAAGGGCAGAAUAUGAAGCACUUGGUGGCAGCCCAGAUACGCCUCUCAAAUCUAAUUACUUUUUGAAUAUCAUGAUCUUGAUCGCUGGUUUGGCAUUUUUGACAUCUUUAGUUAUGAACUGAACAUCUUAUCUUCGUUUGUCUCUGCAACCAAUAUUAACCUUUUGAUAUUGGAGAUGAGGGUGCUUGUUUACUAAGAAUUUACCUUUGAUUGUGGAAAUGACUAUAUUAAACUGUUGAAA